AUGCCAGCAACACAUGAGUUGACCCCAAUAUGCCAUGAGAAAGUCGGGGGCCUGCGCGAUUGCUUGUCGGAACUCACUCACGGCAAUGCUAUAGAGGAAGUUGUAGAGCAGCCCGACUGCAUUGUCAAAAUGCUUCCGCGGCUGCGACCCGGGAGAACCAGAGGUCAAAUUGCCAAAAUCGACUGCGUGACCCGUGUCAAGGUUCCAGCGCCAGGCACCGGCAGGCACACCGUCGAUGUCAGUACUCACGGGGUGACCGAGGCCGGCCGAAAGAAGCAGAACGACGAUGCAUCUACAUAG